UCAAAAAUUAAUAUAACCUUAUUUGUACAUGCAAGUGGGGUGUGUGUAUUAUUAGUAAUAAAUACUAGGAAAUAUCCUGUAAAUUCUGCAAAAAUGUCCUCGAAUAAAGGAACUUUCCAACCGGACUCAGAUGUUCACAUCACCUUUGAAGAUCAACAAAGAAUCAAUAAAUUCGCCAGAUUAAACGCAAGGCGCGAGGAUCUCAAAGAAGAAAUCAAAGUGAAAGAGGGUGAUCUUACGAACAUCGAGGAAGCCUGUGAUGAAGUGGCUCUGUACGAUGAUGAAGAGAAGGUUCCUUAUUUGGUGGGUGAGGUCUUCAUCUACCAGGAUUGUGAAAAGACACAAGAAUGUUUGAAGGAAGCUAAAAGCAAAGUGGAGCAGGAGAUCAACGUACUGAAAAUGGAGGGCAAUAAGUUGAAGGAGAUGAUGACCGAUCUGAAGUCGAUGCUUUAUGGAAAGUUUGGCAGUCAUAUAAAUCUCGAAGCUGAUGAUUAAAUGCUAGUGCACAUUCUGUUGUACUUGUCUGUCCUUUUCCCUCACUUACCAUAACUUUUCUUUUUCAUUCAUUUAAAAUAAACACAUGAAAUAAAUAAAUAAAG